AAAAAAUGUAUGGAAUUAACCAACGCUGUUUUUACUUAUCUUUUCACUUCUUCGUGGUCUGGUGCCAUGCACAGGGGGAGAAUGAGCCUUCUCCUGAUUUUAAGCAGCACGUGAGGGAGCAAGGCGCGCAGACGGACGAGCUCAGCCGGCGGCAGGUGCGAGUCUACCAGCUCUACAGCCGCACCAGCGGGCGCCACGUGCAGAUCCAGGGCAAGCGCGUGAGCGCCACCGCGGAGGACGACAACACUUUCGCCAGGCUGUAUGUGGAGACGGACACCUUCGGCAGUCGGGUUCGCAUCAAAGGAGCCAAGAGCGGCCGAUACCUCUGCAUGAACCGCCGAGGAAAGCUGGUGGGCAAGCCCAGCGGCAGAGGCAGGGACUGCAUCUUCACGGAGAUCGUCCUGGAGAACAACUACACCGCCUUCCAGAAUGCCAAAUAUGAGGGCUGGUAUGUAGCCUUCAGUAGGAAAGGAAGACCCAUUAAAGCCUCCAAAACCAAGGAGAACCAAAGGGAAGUUCACUUCAUCAAGCGGCUCCACAAAGGUCCUCUACCUUUCCCCAACUCGGACCGACCUAAACACUUUGAGUUCAUCAGCUUCCCUCCGAUACGGCGAGCCAAGCGCAACAGAAAAGCACACGCGGCUUCGUAACGCUGUGCGCCACAGAACCACAAGACUGAUUUAUAUAUAUAUAUAUAACAAAACAGAAGAGGAAGCUUUAUUUUUUAUAUUUUCAUAGUUAAUGAACAUCAAAAAUAAAAAGAGAAAAGGAGAGAGAAAAAAGACUCAUAAUAAAAGGGUGACUUGUACAUACUGUAUGGUAAGAUAUUGAGAGAUGAUGUAUAUAUUUAAUAAGCUCAGAAUGUUUGCGUGAGUUGUGUGAGCGCU